CGCGCAGUCACGGGCGCGCGCGCGGACGGCCGGGCGGCGGCAGCUCCCGGAGGCGGUGGCUUCACUUUCCUGGACAGGGGCGACCACAGCAACAGUCGCGGGCAGCAGCCUCGGGACCCGGAGCUGGAACGGCCGGGGCGGCGGCGGCGGCGCCGAGGGAUCUAAAAUGUCCACUGAGGCACAAAGAGUUGAUGACAGUCCAAGCACUAGUGGAGGAAGUUCUGAUGGAGACCAACGUGAAAGUGUCCAGCAAGAACCAGAAAGAGAACAAGUUCAGCCCAAGAAAAAGGAGGGAAAAAUAUCCAGCAAAACAGCUGCUAAAUUGUCAACUAGUGCUAAAAGAAUUCAGAAGGAACUUGCAGAAAUUACAUUGGACCCACCUCCCAACUGUAGUGCUGGACCCAAAGGAGACAACAUUUAUGAAUGGAGGUCAACUAUAUUGGGACCCCCAGGAUCUGUCUAUGAAGGAGGGGUGUUCUUUCUUGACAUUACCUUUUCACCAGACUAUCCGUUUAAACCCCCUAAGGUUACCUUCCGAACAAGAAUCUAUCACUGUAAUAUUAACAGCCAAGGCGUGAUCUGUCUGGACAUACUGAAGGACAACUGGAGUCCAGCCCUCACCAUCUCAAAAGUUCUCCUCUCCAUCUGCUCACUUCUUACAGACUGCAAUCCUGCUGACCCGCUGGUGGGCAGCAUCGCCACACAGUACAUGACCAACAGGGCGGAGCACGACCGGAUGGCCAGACAGUGGACCAAGCGGUAUGCCACAUAGGGCCCGGCCCGUGGGCAUGCUCACCAAGUGCAUCGGGGCCCUGGACCUCGGCUCUGGUUGUCUUAUUUUUAUUACAUUUUGAACCGUUUUGUGAUGGAAUGUCAUCCAUCCCCCCACCCUGUUCCUUUGCUCUCCCUUCCCAACCCUUCACGUUUUACUCCCUUUUUAAUUUCUAUUAACUUGAAAGAUUUGGUUAUGUUUUUCCCCACCCCAGCAGGCAUGGGAACUUUCGGUUUCAGUGCAGACGAUGUUGGAUCUGUAAUAAGAGCUUUCUUACAAAGCUUUUUAUUACCGUGUGGUUUUUGGUUUGGGCUGUUUAUUUUAUUUUGACUUUUUUUUCUCCUUUUAUGUGAUCUUCGGGAAAACACAAAUUCAGAGUUAUAUCUCGUUUCUACUUCAAUGUAGUGCUUAGGGUUAAUUUUUUGUACUGAAGUCUUUAUUGUCGGGCGCAUGCUCCUGGGAACAAGAUUUUGUACAAAAGCUUCAAUCAGAAUCACUGUGCGUUACUGAGACUCUGUUUAUCACUAGCCUUCUGUGCCCACUCAGAAGACUGUUGGAAUGAACAAAAUAAUAAUGUAUUUUGAUUUACUUAAAGUGCUUGUAAAUUUCUUAGGGACCUGCCACUUUUGACUGUGGAUCAGUUGAUGUACACUUGUAUUAUUAAAGCACUCAAUAAAUCACUGUGGCUGAUAACCUCA